UGAUCGGAUGUCCACAUGUAAACAGAACACUGGACAAGAGUCCCCUCGUUUUGUUUUUGUUAGUACAGUCAAGAAGUCGGAAAUGGCUCUUGAAACGUUAUGAGAUUUAAACAUCAGUAGAUAUUGCAAUCAUUUAUUUGCCAUAAUGUCUAUGGAAGAUCCGUUUUUCGUCGUCAAAGGUGAGGUUCAGAAGGCGGUAAACACCGCUCAGGGCCUAUACCAGAGAUGGACAGAGUUGCUGCAGGACCCCAGUGGCGCUUCCAAGGAGGAGGUGGACUGGACCACCAAUGAGUUGAGGAACAGUCUGCGGUCAAUCGAAUGGGACCUGGAGGAUCUUGAUGAGACCAUCAGUAUUGUUGAAUCAAACCCUAAGAAGUUUAAUUUGGAUGCGUUGGAGCUGACCAAACGGAAAGGUUUCAUCACAAGCACUAGACAUACUGUCAAAGAAAUGAAAGACCACAUGUCCAGUCCGUCGGUCUUAGCCCUGUCAGAUAAGAAAAACAGACAGGCCCUGUUAGGGGAUACUGGGUCCCAAGGCCCAAUCUGGCAACCAGGACCGGACAAAUACACCAGGCUGGACCAAGAGCUUCGGAGUGCCAACUCCCAGUUCAUUGAGGAGCAGCAAACACAGCAGCAGCUCAUGGCAGAACAACAGGAUGACCAGCUGGAGCUGGUGUCUGGGACCAUCGGGGUGCUGAAGAACAUGUCAGAGAGGAUUGGCAUGGAGCUGGAUGAACAGGCAGUGAUGCUGGAUGACUUCUCCCAUGAGAUGGACGGUACCCACUCUAGACUGGACAACGUCAUGAAGAAGCUGGCCCAAGUCUCCAACAUGACCACGGAUCGCCGGCAGUGGUGCGCCAUCGGCAUCCUAUUGGCCAUUCUGUUCGUGGUCGUCAUGCUCUUCUUAAUCCUGUGAGGACCGGGACCGCCCAUCACCACAACAAACACUCCCACUUGGACCCCCCCCCCCCCCGUUUGCGUUUGGUCAUAGGGAUGAACUUUACAUGGUGCUUGGAAAGUCAUCACGGUUUUUAUUGAUAUAGCCAUCCCCCUGUCCCCCGGCGACCCCUUGUUACUUCCUGCUGCUGUAGGUGUGUACAGCCAUACUCCUGAGGUGGCUGCAGUGUCCUCAAGGAACUUUCAAAAUUCCUGCACUAAAACCUGCCUCGUGUGAAAGAUCUACCUAACGUGCGUGCACAUCUUUAGGUAGGAUUUGGCGCCGAGCGACUGCUAGUCCUCUGACUGUUUUCUGGAGACGCGUGGGUGGCAAGGUAGACCAGGGUGUGACCAGGGGCUGUGGAAUGCUCCUUGUCACAUUUUAGUGUUAAUAUUCAGAAAAGAAUGUGUGAAGAAGACGUAUCAUUGGUGUGAUUAUUCAAAGGGGCCUUGUCUGUCGUUUCUUGCUGAAAACCGCUACGGCUAGCAUGGUCAUAUGUUUUUUUAUUUUUUCUCAUGCACUGACUUGCGUAACAGGUUUACCGGACUACUAAACUGUCUAUUCAGUAUAAUCGUAGUUGAAAUAAAACACUGGAGUUCCCCAACAAGGACAAUAAUAUACAGUAUGUUGCUGGUAAAGGCAUUACUGACCACACUAAAAUGAAAUAACAGAAUGUUAUUGUUUUUAUUUUUUUUAGUGUAUUUUUGGAUAGUUGCUUAUACACUACCAAUAUGUUAAUGACUCGCCUGCAAAAUCAAGUCACUUCCUCCAGUAUUGAAUGGAAAGAAGCAGAACCAUGCAGUUUUAAAAAAGAUAAGUAUUGGGUAGUUGCUUAUACACUACUAAGACGUUGGAGACUCGCCUGCAAAAUCAAGUCACUUCCUCCAGUACUGAAUGGAAAGAAGCAAGACCAUAGACUUUAGUGUGUGAAACAGGGCUCAGUAAUUGAUUUCCCUUUUCACCGAGAUGUCCUCCGUGUGAAUCUCCUCAAUGGUCUGGUUUGUGUCAGUGUUGAGAAACUUCCUAACAUGCUUAUUAACCCUCUGCCUGACCUCCAGGCACUUCAGAAGUACUUGUCGGUACAGCUGAGAAGCGAGUAUGUCAACAGAAAACCUAUGUAACGCUGACGUUUGUUUACCCAGGCGACUAAGAGCUUGCAGGUGUCUUUGACAUUUUUAUUCCGUUUUCAGGAGGCCCUAAUACCAAAGUUCUAGUGUUAAAAUCUCCCCCGCUCACUCAGAAACAUGACCUGACCCAAGUUAAUGUUUUUCAGUAUUACAGGAACACCAAUAUUGUAUUUAGGACUAAUAAGGGAAAUGAACAGAAUGAGUCAUGCCGCGGUUGUUUUCAUUAGGACAUUUUGCAAAACAAGAGUUCCUACCUGUGUCAGUGAGUUUUUGUUUGUCAAGAGACCUAAUGAAAAUGACCCUGCUAUUUGCCAUGGAAACGGCAGAGAGCUGAGAUUUGCAUAGCCAGUGCCUUAGGCUGUUGUAUGUAUGUAUGUAUGCUAUCCUAGGGCAUUUUGGUCUUGCUUCCUUGCAUUUUGGUCUUGCUUCCUUGUCCCCCCCCCCCCGGAUAAGUCAUGGGUUAAAUGAACACGCUGCAGUUGUUUACCUGUUUUCGUUGUUUCUUUGUGUACAGUUACAGGAUAAGGAUGGUGUUAUGGUACUUAUCAUAGAUACUUGGUUGCAGACUUUUAUUGAAUAGGCGCGUUUGAGGAUCUGAUGUGAACCGAAUACCUUGUUUGUAUUUAAGGUUGUACAACAUAUCAUAAAGACUAUGAUUCUGCAGUACACCAGGUGGAUAAGGGGUGAUCGUUCCACUAUGAAGUACAGAGGACACUAGUGAUCAAGAUAUAUUUUUUCUGUAUUAGAAAUGUGUUUAAAAGAGAGAGAAAACAAGUCCUGAAAACAUUUCACAAUCUUUUUUCAACGGUCUUAUUGUGAAGUUCCAAAAUGUAUAUGUGAAUUGUUUUUCUUGUUUAUUUUAACACUACAACUUUACUGUAAUAUGCAUACAUUAACUAUAUAAUGUUGUUGGAGGUCUAGGAAUGAUUGUUAAAAUGAUUACUGUUUUCUCCGUUUGUUUUGCUCUUUCAAUUUGUGUCUUCAGGUAUCCAUAUGUUUUCAGCAGUGUUAUAUCUAGGAAGGUUGUAACCACAGAAUUUACAAUAUUUGCAUUUAUUUCAGCUUUUGGAUAAUUAUGAAAGCAUGACAUUAACCCAAACAAUUAUUUACCAUAUUAAAAUCACUUGGUUGUCACAAAAGAAUCAAUGCGUGUAUACGUUGAAUCUUUUUCAUGCUGUAUUACGAUACAAAGCUCAUUUUGCAUUCAAAACUGUCCUCUUUGCACAACCAAGUGAUUGGUGACAGUGACUGGUGGAUGAUUGGUACAAGUCCAUGACCUAGUAAGUUCUGCCAUUUGUUUUUGUGAAACCACUGUGUUCUUUGUAGUUUUCAUGCUCCGGGAGUGUAUGAAAAUACUUUUUACCCUUGAACCUUGAUCUUUUGACCUCUGCGUCAUCGUGGCUGAGAGACUUCUUGACUACAUUUGAAAAGCAAAACUGACAAGCAGGAUGCUGUAAAGAUUCACUCGAUUUCAGCUCAUUUCAAUAAAAUACGAACAACGUGUUCAA